AUGUCAUCUGCUUUUGUCAACUGGAUUUUAGAUUCGUCUAAUCAUUGUUACGAUAAUUCAUCAACUGUGUUUGAUUGUGCAACAAUACAGGCCUUUCUGUUAAUUGAAGCUAAGGCAUAUGCUGCAGCAGUACAUAAAUAUAACCAACUUAUUGAAGAGUAUCCUUUCUGUCCUCAGCUGUAUACAGGACGUGCUGCUGCUUUGAUGAAACGAAAUUGGAAUGGUGAUGUUUACAAUGCUCUGUUGGAUUGUCGAAAUGCUAUGCAAUUAACUACUCAAUGUCACACUGAUUCCAGUGAUUCUCCCAGCCUCCAAUACAAGAGUUAUGUCAAUCUUCAUGGAUCAUUCAAUAGUUCUGUUCAUCUUACGGCUUUGUUGCUUUCAGUUCGCUGUUUAUUAUCCUUAGAUUGGUUAAGUGCUGCUCGUAUUCAACUUAAACAAGCUUUAGACAUCUUUCCUAAUCUCCUAAAAAAUACUGCAUCUCAAAGUUAUCCGAAAAGACAUUCAGUUCUUCUGCAGCUACCACCACUACUUGUAAAAGCUCUUCAUCUAAAUCAGAUGUGCUAA